AUGAUCAGAACAAUAAAACCCAAGAACGCUAGGUCCAAGAGGGCUUUGGCUCAGAAGGAGGCCAAGCUCGUGGAGAACACGAAGACAGCUCUUUUUGUGCAAGGAUCCACCGGUAACAAGUUUUUGCACGAUGCCAUGGUGGACUUGAUGGCUUUGAAGAAGCCAGACGCCAAGAUCUUUUCUAAGAAAAACGAGGUUAGACCUUUUGAGGACGCUUCCACGCUAGAGUUCUUCUCUGAGAAGAACGACACCUCCUUGAUGGUCUUCUCCUCUUCCAACAAGAAGAGACCAAACACGCUUAUUUUCACCCGUUUCUACAACCACGCCGUCUACGAUAUGAUUGAACUCUCCAUCCAAAAGAACCACAAGUUCAUCACCGAGUUCAAGAAGCUCACUUUCAACAUUGGUCUCAAGCCCAUGUUCACAUUCAACGGUCCAGCUUUCGACUCCCACCCAGUGUACCAGCAGGUGAAGUCCCUCUUUUUGGACUUCUACCGUGGCGAUGACACCGACCUUCAGGAUGUCGCUGGUUUGCAGUACAUCAUUUCCCUUUCCGUUGCUGAAAUCGAGGACCCCAACUCCCUGGAGCUUCCUCUUGUGCAUUUCCGUGUUUACAAGCUCAAGUCCUACAGAAGUGGACAGAAGUUGCCACGUGUCGAGGUCGACGAGAUUGGCCCCCGUUUCGACUUCAAGAUUGGCCGUAGAGUCACUCCAGCUCCUGAGGUCGAGAAGGAUGCUCUCACCAAACCUAAGCAGCUCCAGGCCAAGUUCAAGAAGAACGUUGAGACCGAUUCUAUGGGUGACAAGGUGGCCAAGAUCCACGUUGGUAACCAGGACUUGAGCAAGUUGCAGACGAGAAAGAUGAAGGGUCUUAAGCUGAGGUACGACCAGGUUGACGAGGCCGAGUUUGACGAGGAGGACUACAUUGAGGAGCCACCUGAGAAGAAGCAGAAGGUUGCUGAGUAA